GAACCUUGCGAUUGACAUUUGACAUUGGCAUUUGUAAAUCGUAAACAAAAAGUUUCAAUUUUAUGAAUUAAAUAUAUUUUAUUUUGUGGACUAUUAUUAAACUCUGAGACAAUGGAUUGGCUUAAAAAUCCAAAUGUAACAGGAAAGAUUUCUAAGAAACAGAAAAAGUCAAUUAAACCAUCAAAUAAGAGAGAGUUCACUGGAUCAUCUUAUCCAAAGGGUGUUCCAAGAAGUUUUCUGCAACAACAAGUAUACCAGUUUCCGAGAACAGUAAGAAAUUUGACGUGGACUAACCCACGUCUCCAGAAUCCGACGUCGUUUAAACCUAUUGAAGCUGCAAGUAGUACAACCCCGCAGGAUGACUGGGCAGAUACGUCCAGGGACAAUGUGUACUCACCGUCGGAUAUUUACGAAGACAGCAUGACCAAUUAUAGUGACGGUUCAUCAGACCACGAACUAGACUGGAAUAGUAAUACGGAGGAGAAGCAAUCAAACGUGUAUGACCGGUUAGGUCCACCAAAACCAAAAGUUCCGAAUCUUACUAUCAAUUUGCAGAUGGAAGAAUCUCAUACUGACAGGAAGGUGGUGGUAGAAAAUGUGGAAGACACCCUCAAAUACCUGCCAGUGGACCUUCGCGAGGAUAUUAAGACGAGCAGAGAUCCUAUCGUCACGACGUUUCUGAAGUCCUGGCCUUGGAAGAAAUCAAUCACCGUAAAGAAAACCAUCAGCGGGAGGCAUUUUCUGGCUUUUACGCAACAGGAACAGGAUAAAAUACAGGAGGUGUACGACAAGCCUGAUACGUUCGUGCAAGUGUCCAUCACUGGAUACCCUAGUACAUGGGACAAAGAGGAUGUGCUAGACUGUAUCAUAGAGAGUGUCAGGGGGAGGACAUUCAUACCUUGUUUUGUUGAGUUUUCAAAAGACGAAUGCAAGUUUCUAGUACUGCAAUGUCGGCACGCAUUAACAGCGCUCCACAACUACGGCUUCAACAUACGGAAAGACAAAGUGGACUUAGAAAUAACAAUAUCAUUAACUUCGGUAACACUGCAAACUUUAGAUUUUGUGCCCAAACUGAUUUUGAGGAAGAUCAUAGCGUCGCGUUAUGACGGAGAGAAUAAAUUGAAUUUGAAAGAAUUCACUCUUAAGAAAGAUAUAAGUCACUUCGUAUACUUCCCGUUGAAUCGUAAAAACAAUCAGAUGCAAAUCAUCGACUUCGCAGGCAGCGUCGCGUGGGAUUAUAUAGUCGAACUGGAUUUAUCGCACAACAGAUUGACAUCCAUCGCGGGAUUCGAUUUAGCAGAAAUUACUCCAAGAUUGCGAUAUCUGAAUCUAUCACACAAUCUAUUUGACAGAUUAUCAGUUUUAAUAUGCUGCAGGGAAUUGAAUUUAGAGUCUAUUGUCUUAGAAGGCAAUCCAGUUUGCAACAAUUACACCGAUCCAAAUCUUUAUGUUGAAGUUAUUAAGACUCUGUUUCCCACUGUGACAAUUAUAGAUGGUGUUCUUAUGCCCACAAAGGGACAAAUGCCUACGUUCCAACGCAACUACUGUCCAGAAGAAGCAAAAAGUGUCGUUGAGAUGGUUCUAGAAGUUUACUUUCCACUCCUAGAAGCUUCGAAAGAGCAACGGGUUAGCAUAACCCAUUUAUACGACGAACACGCGUCGAUGACUAUCACGUUCAGAAAUAAACUACGUUUCUCCCCCUCGUACAGAAAGUAUCAAGAACUAUUACUUCGCGCCCGCUGCCUAGAAGAUGGUAGGGUAGACUCCAUCGAAGGAGUAACGAACAUCACGAAACACAUGAACAAGUGGCCUGAGUUGGAACACGAUCCUACCACGUUCACUGUUGAUGUUAUGCAUCAUACUGAUACAACGACAGUAAUAAGAGUGACUGGACUCCUCAAGCUCAUAGCAGCAACAUUAGCAGAGGAAGAGCAUCUCCUGGCAUUCACUAAGACAUUCAUAUUGAAGACAACUGACGGUGUCGGAUACAAGAUAAUGAACCAAAUGGUGUACUGGGAUGAGCCUACUAAAGAAUACGCCAAUGGAUUUAAAGAUACUACGGUUAAUAGGAAAAAUUUAAGUCUCAAACUGGACACCGCCCCGAACGAGGAACUCAAAGAAAAAUUCAUAGAAAUAUUUAUGAAACUAGCAAAUGUGGACCGAACAAUUAUUGAAAAGUGUCUCAUCAUGAAAGAUUGGCAUUUCAAAAACGCUUUAGAACAUUUCAUCAAAUUACUUAGACUGGAUGCAUUAGAUUCUUUAAAGGAAAACUAAUUUAUUGUAAGAAUAAUCAUUAUUAUGAAAUUA